AUGCAUAGAGUUGUUCAGCUGGUUGAUAUCGAGAAUGAGAUACUGAAGCUAAGACUGCAGGGCCUGAACUCAGACACUGAUAUCAGGCUGUGGAGAGGAGUUGGAGAUUUAUUUAAGCCUAAGUUUGAUACGCACCAGACAUGGCAGCUGACAAGAGAGCAGACGCCACGAGUUCAUUGGUUCAACGCUGUAUGGUUUCGAGGAGCCACUCCUAAAUACUCUGUUAUCACAUGGCUAGCAGUCCAUGACCGCUUGGCAACAGGAGCACGAGUUCAAAGAUGGAGUCCGCAGACGGAUGCUCACUGUGUCUUAUGCUCAGGCCAUUUGGAAACUCGAGAACAUCUGUACUUCAGUUGUUCAUAUUCAAAGAAGAUUUGGAGGGACUUAACAGCUUCUCUGAUGGGAUCAAGGUAUACAGAGGUCUGGAGCAGCAUUCUUGAAAUCUUGGCCGAGAAUAGAAGGAGCAGCACUGACUGUUUCUUCUCCGAUAUGCUUUCCAAUGCUCUAUUCAUACCAUAUGGAGAGAGAGAAAUGGAAGAAAACAUGGAGAAGCUCACCAGACCUCGACGUCUCUGCUGA